GCUUGCGUUUGAGCGCAUUCACAGGUAUGGAAAUCGGUCAAUUUUAUUACAAAAUCAGUUAAAUUUCGGACUGUACCGUAGAUUUAAGGUAAAGAAUAUUAAAUAGUUGUGCAUAUUGUGUUGAUGUGUAUAUGAAAGAUAUGUUGAUUUGUGCUGUGCACGGUUAUUUUUGCGACAAAGGCUGUCAUUUUGAUACCAAGAAUGGUGCUUCAAGAAUGGCGUCCCCCACAUGUGCCGAUGCCCUAUUGAGUUUCGCCUUGGCGGUGUUAAAAUUUGAUGACGUGAAAUGUUGAUAUGGCGUGCAAUAAUUCAUGUGUCUGUUGAUCGGUAGAGUUUACUGUAAAACCUUUAAAUCCUUGCGCUGUCUCAAAAACUUGACCAGUGAUUCAUUGUUCGUAAUUUUGCGGAUAACGCCGAAAUAACACCACCGCUGCUUGUAAAUAGAGGCUGUAAAUAUAAAAAUAAAUUUAGUUAACAAUGAGUUUGGGAGCGCGCGCCACCAAGUGUGGUGCGAAAGGCAAGGAGGGCAAACACGCCGCCGACAAGGGCAAGGGCGCAGAUAGACCACAGCCCAAGGAGAAGGCCAAACCGCAGGCGACUACAGAACAACUCCGAAUGGCACAUAUGAUCGACCGUAAAAGCGACGACUCGUCCGAGGUUCGACGAAUGGUCCUGGAGUUAAUGGAGAUGACCUGUAGGACUGAAGAUGAGGUUUGCUCCGCCCUACAUGACACAGACAACGACCUCGACGCCGCCUGCAACCUGCUACUUGAAGAAAGUCAACGGAUACAGGGCGAAUGGCAAACCAGAGAGAAGAAAAAGAAGAAACCUCCCGCCCCCGCCGGAAACGGCGAGGUCGAGCCGCGCGACCCGCGGAGCCGCUCCGGACCGAGAUCACGUCGCGGGGACACGGAGCGUCCGGAGCGCGGCGAGGGCUCGUGGCGGGGUCGCGGCGGGGGGCGGGGGAGGGGAGCCGCCCGGGGAGCGCGGGGGGGCGCGCGGGGCGGCAGGGGCAGACCUCGGGGGGCAAGAGAGCACGACUACACGCCCCUCGACAGCGGAUCCUCUCCACAAGGUGAAUACACUCUCGGACACCUGAGUAUUUUUUCAACCCAAAAAGGCUUAGAUCCAAAUGCAGGAGAUUCGUUCCCUGCAACGGAAGACUGGGACAACGAGGAGUGGUCAGGAUCUCUGUCCGAUACCAAGUGUUGCGGUGUGCAGGUGUUCAUCGCGAGCUCCAGCGCGCAGCUAGCCGCGUCCGACGCCGCGCCCGCCGCCCGCAGCGAAGACUGGGACACCCCGGAAACGCCUAAUGGCCCAACCGAAGGCCACAUUCCCACUUACACAUACCACAAUCCACAUCACCACAACAUUAUCGAGCAAGCGACGGUGAACGCGGGCAGUCGGCAGUCCCCGGUAGCGGAGCCCCCGGAGCCCUACAUACAUCAGCACACGCACCAGCCGAUGGGCAUGUCGGGGAGCCUGUCAGCCGCGCAGACGCAGUACCUCACGCAGCUCACCCAGCAGUCGCAGAGACAUGACAAUAGUGUAUACACUUCAAAUUAUGGUGUUUACGGGUCCACGGACAUCAGUGCUCAAAGGAAACCGCAGAGGGCGCGAGUCCCGCCACCUUCUAAGAUACCGUCAUCAGCCGUCGAGAUGCCGGGAGGGGAGAGCCCCGGAAUGUUCCUAGACGUGCAGUUUGGCGCUCUAGAACCUGACACGUUACACGACACCACGCCCACCAGCAAACCGCCGAACGCGACGCCCGAGCAGCCCGCCCCCGCGCCCCCCGCGCCCGAGCCCGCCGACCCGCCCGCCGCGCCCCCCGCGCAACUAUUGACUGAAACAAUCCCGGCAGUAGAGACGCCGGUCGCGGCGCCCGCAGAGCCCGCCGCCGCCGCCGCUGCCGCUGCCGCAUCGUCGUUGGAGAAGCAGCUGAGCGCGUCGAUGAAGCAGCUGAGCGUGUCGGGGAGCGAGCCGCUGCCCGCCGCGCCCGCCCCGCAGCACUACGCGCACCACCGCCCGCCCAAGCUUACGAAGGCCGGGGAACAAACCCCUCACACGACCACGGUCACGCAGGCGGCGUCGGCGGCGGGCGCGCAGAACGUGUACGCGCACCACGCCGUGUCGCACCACCCGCCCGUGUACGGCGCCAGCGUCUACGCGCCGCCGGUGAACUCAACGAACGCGUCGCUAACUGGCGCUUCAGCAAUGGCCGCCACGGCCUACCCCUCAAGUGUAACUCUGACUCAAUUUCAGCCCAUCAUGAACUCAUACCAGACAUCGUCGUCGGGCGCGGUGUACGGCGGCAGCGCGCUGUACACUGCGGCUCCGUACACCGCCUACCAGCCACCGGCACAACCUAAGAUCCAACCCAAAGAGCAUCAGUAUGACAACUCAGUAGCGUCGAGCAACAGUUUGACGAGUACGUCCACCACGCAGACGUCGACAGCCAAGAUUACGACGACUACAGUAGGAGCCGCGGCAGGAGUGGGGGGCGCGUACGCAGGAGGAGCGUUGUACAGCGGGGCCACCACUACCCCCUACGCCGCGUACGACGACCAGCUCAUGAGGUCCACGCAUCCGCACCAUAUGGGCGGCUACUACGAGGUGGGCUACGGAGCCCGGGACGGCGCCUUCGGACUCAGCGCGGGCGACAGGUUCGGGCGCACCGACGCCGCCUCCCCGCAGCAGGUCCCGGCAGCCGCUCUACCUCCGGGAUACGCGUACUUCGCGUACCAACCGCCUCCCACCACAUACCAAUACGGAGUGUAUCCCACGUACGGCGGCGGCUCGGCGGUGGGCGGCGGCGGCAAGGUCGGCUCCUACGCGCAGCAGCAGCAGCCCGCCUACGACGCGCAGGACAACUACAAGCCCGCUAACAAAGGAAGACAAGGCCACGGGCCACCCGACGGCGCGCAGUACACUGGCGCGGCCGGCAAGACCGCGGGCGCCGCCGCAGACCUGGGCGCCGCAAUGUACGCCAAGACGCACGUCACGCUCAACAAGGUUAACAGUUACGACAAGGCGACGUUCCAGAGCGGCACCCCGCCGCCCUUCGGCGCCUCGCACCUGUACAUCCCCGCGCCGCCGCACCACCACCACCACCACCACCAGAUGGAUGUUCGGGUGAACAAUAAUCAUAAUAGGCGGGAGAGUGGUUCGGGGGGGGCUCGCUCAUCGUCAAGCAAACCCGCCGCCAGCAAGCCGAACUACUCACAGUCGUACUGGGCGCCCAACUAGCUGCUACAGACACGGAGUUCGUCAGUAGCGAGACGCAUGUACAUAGAUAACGGAGCGUCC